GGCUUGGCGGCGGCGGCGGCGGCCUAGAGCGCAACGGCAAGCAAACCUCUCCGCUUUCCCGCGGGUCGCCGCCUUCUGCAGGAGAACCUCCGCCUCCUCUGCUGCAACGCCGGCUUCCUCCUGUUCAGGCUGCCGUCAGCCCCCGCGCCCGCCGGCUUCGUAAUGGCGACCCGCAGCCCCAGCGUCGUGGUACCACCACAUCGAUAUUAUUAAAUACUUUGUAUGCUGGGUACUCGGCAUACAAAGACAACCAAUAUAUGGUUCUACUUAAACAAUCUUGGAGUAUCUGCUAUGAAGGCACGUCAUGAAUUGAUUAUAAAAAUUUCAGACUUCUAACAAGCUUGGGUUUUUAAGAAAUCACUUAGCUUUUUAGGUGACCCCCCCACCACCACGAGGUGAGAGAGGCUGGAUUUGAGAUUAGUGAUGAUGAACCAGGUUAUGACCUAGAUUUAUUUUGUAUACCUCAUCAUUACGCUGAGGAUUUGGAAAAAGUGUUUAUUCCUCAUGGACUAAUUAUGGACAGGACUGAGCGGCUUGCUCGAGAUGUGAUGAAGGAAAUGGGAGGCCAUCACAUCGUAGCCCUCUGUGUGCUCAAGGGAGGCUAUAAAUUCUUUGCUGACCUGCUGGAUUAUAUCAAAGCACUGAACAGAAAUAGUGAUGGAUCCAUUCCUAUGACUGUAGAUUUCAUCAGACUGAAGAGCUACUGUAAUGACCAGUCAACAGGGGACAUAAAAGUAAUUGGUGGAGAUGAUCUCUCAACUUUAACUGGAAAGAAUGUCUUGAUUGUUGAGGAUAUAAUUGACACUGGGAAAACAAUGCAGACUUUGCUUUCCUUGGUCAAGGAGCAUAAUCCAAAGAUGGUCAAGGUUGCAAGCUUGCUGGUGAAAAGGACCCCUCGAAGUGUUGGCUAUAAACCCGACUUUGUUGGAUUUGAAAUUCCAGACAAGUUUGUUGUAGGAUAUGCCCUUGACUAUAAUGAAUACUUCAGGGAUUUGAAUCAUGUUUGUGUCAUUAGUGAAACUGGAAAAGCAAAAUACAAAGCCUAAGAUGAGAGUUCGAGUUGAGUUUGGAAGCAUCUGGAGUCCCAUUGAAUUCAUACCAUCGGUAGAAUGUUCUAGUUCUGUGGCCAGCUGCUUAGAGCUUUAUUGCAUGUAUUCUCUCAAGAAUUUUAUCCGUUUUGUAUUUUAGAAAUGUCAGUUGCUGCAUUCCUGAAGUCUUUAUUUGCAAUAUGAGCUUAUAGACUAUCCAUUCCCUUUGGGUGGAUUGUUGUUUGACUUGUGAAUGAAAAAAAUCUCUUAAACCACACCACUAUCGAAUGAAAAUAUUGAAAUUGUAUCUGUAAGAAACAUUUAAAGAGGAGAUAUAUUAGUUUUUUAAUUGGUAUUUUAAUUUUUAUAUAUUCAGGAAAGAACAGAAGUGAUUGAAUAUUGUUAAUUAUACCACUGUGUGUUUAGAAGAGUAAGGAGCAGUCAGUUUUCAUAUCAACGACAGCAUUUAAAGUAUUGUUCUGUUGAAUAAAACAUAUGACCUGGAAUUAUUUUACUGUUUCAGUAGUAUUACCUGUAUUUUCUCACUUGUUUGGAUGAUUUCCGGUGAAUCUGUGUCAACAGUUCCUUUUAAAUACAAAUCAAUAAAUUCCAAAAAACUUUA